CCCAAUAAGUAGAGCAGAGGCCCGACCCGGGCGAAGAGACCUGAAGCAGCAGGAACGCGUAGGAGAAGGGUUAAAGGAAGAGGAAAGAGAGGAGGGCGGGGGAAGGAAGGUCGGCGAUGGCGGGGAACGGCGUCGAGCAGGACGAGUUCUACCUGCGGUACUACGUGGGGCACAAGGGGAAGUUCGGGCACGAGUUCCUGGAGUUCGAGUUCCGCCCCGACGGCAAGCUCCGCUACGCCAACAACUCCAACUACAAGAACGACACUAUGAUACGCAAGGAGGUCUUCGUCACCCCUGCCGUCCUCCGCGAGUGCCGCCGCAUCAUCGCUGAAAGCGAGAUAAUGAAGGAAGAUGAUAACAACUGGCCCGAGCCAGAUCGGGUUGGGAGGCAGGAGCUGGAGAUUGUGAUGGGGAACGAGCACAUCUCCUUCACCACGUCCAAGAUCGGAUCCCUUGUAGAUGUGCAGUCCAGCAAAGAUCCGGAAGGCCUUCGCAUCUUUUAUUACCUUGUUCAGGACCUUAAAUGCUUCGUGUUCUCUCUAAUUUCACUGCACUUCAAGAUUAAGCCCAUCCAGUCCUGAUACGUGCAGGGUUAUUUUUUCAUCUUUAGCAUUGAACUCUGCUUCAGGUGUGAGAGAUGUAUACAGUUGGUCUUGUGAGGUAUUCAUAAGACCAAUUAGGUUUUUCCAUCUGGUUGCUUUUAUGAUAUGUUUUCUUAAGGACAGGUAUGAUUAGCAAGGGGUCAUUGUAACUGUUUUUUGUAUGCUUUGAUUGUCAUGUAAGAUCUGUAGAACCCGACCUGCACAGAGUGAUGAGCAAUCCAUGGCCCGAUGUUCCUUUGGGUCUUUUAUGAGGUUGGACUCUGCUUCUACUAGUGUGAUUUUGGAGACUCGCGCUUGGCGUUAAAUGGAUCGGAACUACUGUGUUAUUCCUUGUCA